AUGUCGAAGCAGUGGAUAGUGUUAGCAUCUGCAUUUGUCGUUGGCACUAUUGGAACUCUAAUUGCUGCAUUUAUGUUCGAUCGGCACAGAAAAAAGUUGUUCAAUAUGCUUACAGACUAUGUUUUAAUUGGUCACGUAUCUGGAUUAACUAUUUAUCCUGUGAAAUCAAUGAAAGGAGUAUGUUUUUUUGAGUCUGUUACCAAUAAACUGAAGGAAAUGCAGGAUAGGCACUUCUUGGUGAUCAGUGAAAACACUGGAAAAUUCUUAACAUCUCGUCAGUAUCCUAAACUUAUCACAGUUUCCACUGAAGUUUGUGUAAGGUUUCAACUUUGUCGUAAAUUUGAAUUGAACAUUCGUUUUUUCAGGUUGUUUGAAAAGUUAAAGCAGGAAGGUCUAGACUGCGGUGAUGAGAUAGGCGAAUUCCUCCGUCAGUUCCUUGAUACCACUGAUAAAAUAAGACUACUGUAUUAUAUUAACAACUUAUACAGCGAACGUGAUGUUGUGUCGGAGGAGGAUUGGCUUCUAGGCUCAGUUCCCAAAAUAAGAGCUCCUGUAAGUCAUUUUACUGCAUACCCUGAUGAGAGUCCGUACCUUGCCAUCUGCGACAGCUCAAUUGAUGACCUGAAUUCCCGACUCCCUCCAGAAGAUAAGGUAGAUAUGAGGUGGUUUCGACCAGUGAUACACAUACAGGGUCCUAAACCUUAUGAUGAGGAUAUGUGGGGCGAACUGAAAAUUAGAGACGUGACUUUUGCUUGUUAUAAGCCGUGUACCAGGUGUGUAGUGACAACAAUUGAUCCUGAUACAGGGAUUCGGAGACGAAAUAACCAGCCAUUAAAAGUGUUGAAAGAGUACCGCAAAGUUCCCGAAAAGCUUCAUAAGAUCUAUGGUGACAGUCCUGUACUUGGAGUAUUUAUGGGGGUUAUGGACAAGGGUACAAUUCACGUUGGCGAUCCUGUGUUUGCUCGAUAUAAAAAUCAUGCGUAUUGA